AUGGACGCGCUGUGCAGCGCCGACCCCCGGCCUCGCGGCCGCCGCGGGGAGCCGCCCGCCUGCUCCUGCCCGGAGCCGGGCCCAGCGGCCUCGCUGCUGCCCUGGGCCCGCUUCUCCGCCUGGCUCGAGUGUGUCUGCGUGGUCACCUUCGACCUGGAGCUGGGGCAGGCCAUGGAGUUGGUGUAUCCUUAUGACUUCAGACUGACAGAAAAAGAGAAAACCAACAUCUGCUACUUGUCCUUCCCAGACUCCUACUCAGGUGGCCUAGGAGAUAGUCAAUUUAGCUUCCGUCUCCGUCAGUCUGGGGGGCAGAGAAACACUCAUUUUGGGGAUGAUGGCGAAUAUAACAGAGAAGCCCCCCUAACACUACAGCGAGAGUCAGCUCAUUACUUUGGCUAUGUGUACUUCAGGCAAGUCAAGGACAGCUCAAUGAAGAGAGGUUAUUUCCAGAAGUCUCUAGUGCUGGUGUCACGCUUGCCUUAUGUGAACCUGUUCCAAUCUCUGCUGCAGCUGAUUGCUCCUGAGUACUUUGACAAGCUGGAGCCAUGCCUGGAGGCAGUGUGCAAUGAGAUUGAUCAGUGGCCACCUCCGGUGCCAGGACAGACGCUAAACCUUCCUGUGAUGGGAAUUGUCAUUCAGGUGAGAAUCCCAUCUAGGGUGGAUAAACCCGGAUCAAGUCCUCUGAAGCAGUUCAAUCAGGAGAACUUGUUACCAGCCCCAUUAGUUCUCCCCAGUGUUCAGGAACUGGAUCUCUUCAGAUGUUUCCAGUCAGUGCUAAUUCAUAUCCAGAUGCUGUGGGAGCUGAUGCUACUGGGGGAGCCAAUAGUUGUAAUGGCGCCAUCCCCUACAAUUUCCUCAGAAAUGGUUCUGGCACUUACCAGCUGUCUCACCCCUCUUAAGUACUGCUGUGACUAUCGUCCAUAUUUCACUAUCCAUGACAGCGAGUUUAAGGAGUACACCACCAGGACACAAGCCCCGCCGAACAUUGUCGUGGGAGUCACAAAUCCUUUCUUCAUCAAAACGCUCCAGCACUGGCCUCACCUUCUUCGGAUCGGGGAGCUCAAAAUGUCAGGUGACUUACCCAAACAAGUCAAGGUGAAGAAACUAACCAAACUGAAAACUCUGGACACUAAGCCGGGAAUCUACACCUCUUACAAGACGUUUUUGCACAAAGACAAAACCCUGAUAAAGAGAUUGUUAAAGGGGAUUCAGAGGAAGCGCCCGUCUGAAGUCCAAAGUGCCCUUUUGAGGCGCCACCUGCUGGAGCUCACACAGAGUUUCAUUAUUCCCCUGGAGCAUUACAUUGCGAGUCUGAUGCCUCUACAGAGGGCCAUUACUCCAUGGAAGAAUCCUCCCCAGAUCCGUCCUUUCCGACAGGAGGAUUUCAUGAAGACCCUUGAACAUGCUGGUCCCCAACUCACCUGUGUACUUAAGGGUGACUGGUUAGGCCUGUAUAGACGUUUCUUCAAGUCUCCCAACUUUGAUGGCUGGUACCGUCAGAGACACAAGGAAAUGACCCAGAAGCUGGAGGCCCUUCACCUGGAGGCGAUCUGCGAGGCGAACAUUGUGGCCUGGAUGAAAGACAAGUCUGAGGUGGAGAUUGUAGACCUGGUUCUGAAACUUCGUGAGAAGCUGAUCAGAGCCAGGUGUCAUCCCCUCCCUGUGAAGGAGGAAACGCUGCAGCGAGUGGGCCUUUACAUCGAAACCAUCAUUGGUUCCCUGCCUGAGGAUCUCCAGACUGUGCUGCACCACCAUUGAGCCACCCAGCGCCAGGACUCCCCCAUGCACAGCAUCUCCUUCAGAGCUGCAGGGGGCUGCAGUCAGGUUUGAGGAAGACGCUUCUGCCCUGAUCCAGCACCACGCUGACCUGGAUUCUGCCUGCCAGUGCGUGUGGGUUUGAGUCCUGAGCGCGGGGUGGAACUGACGACGGGAAGGUGAAUGUUUCUGUGCACAAUUGUUUGCUGUCCAGUCCUGCUCUCCCGGAGGAGCUGGAGGAGGAGAGCUGUGUAUGACCGUCAGUGAGGCAGAGGGAGGCAGCCAGGGUUCCAGUCCCAUGUGGCUGUGUAGACCUAACACAGACAUCCGCACCCUUGCCCUCACAGUAGGCCCAUUGAUACAUACAUGUCCAUCAUGCCCACUUGUCAUGGUCCCAGCGGUAGAGACAGGAACACUCUCUGUGUUUGGGGUUUAUGUGCAGAGCCUGCAGGAGAAACCUGAUGCUCUCACUAAUCUUGUGAUUCCAGGUACCUUCACACAAGGGAAUGUGGAAAAUCCACCACUGUCCCCAGAACAGGGGGACCCAUUGCUGGAGAGAGCAGUCGCUGGCCUAGUGAAUUGUUAGUGGAGCUGAAGGCAGGAUAAAGGGGAGCAGGAGAAGUGACUGCUGGAAGAAAUGGAGCUCUCCAGAGCAGUGUGUGUUAGACAGGCUGGAGCUCUGAGCACACCCUGCUGGGGUGCUGGAGCUCUGCUAGUGUGUGAGAACAGGUACCAGUCUCCUGUGCAGUGAGUGUCUGACCAGAGAAUGUCUAAUGAGCGUUUCUCUCCUGCAGAUUCUCAGCCCCCUUGCCCAUCAGGGAGGACUCAGCACCACGGUUUACACGCUGCAUUACCCUCACCAAUGGGCACUUGAUAGCACUGGCUCCCUUGUGGGUACAGAGCUUGGUGCAGUGAGAUGCUCCCCUGUCCUUACCCACAGCAUCAGAGGACUCUGGUACUGCUGGCUCUGUUAUUUCUGGGGGGCGGGAGAAAAAGGGGAAGGACUGCACACACACACAAGGGGUGAACGAAUGAUGGGCUGGCUUUUCUACUAGUGCUAAAAGGACUGACCGCCGCCUUCCCCCUUUUUCAGAGCAGUGUUUCUCCAGGUUCUCUGAGCACUGGUUUAACUCACCCCCAGGGCUGCCCUCUGAGAGCCAGUACCAGGCCCUCGUGCUUCACCCUCUGCCACUCUGAGCAGGGCCCAGAGCGUUCUUGCUAUGGAGUGUGUGUGUCCCGUGCUCAGUGGGCCUUGGGGCAAACCUGGCAUCCAGGGCCCGCACAUUGCAAAGUAGAGAUGGUCAGGGUGUCAGGCGGGACCCUGCACUAAGGCGUCCUGUGAGCUGUGUGUACAGGGAGCGGGGACGAGGGGUGCAGUGGUGGGGAGGAGGAGAUGUUCUCUAGCAAGUCCUGCCCUCCAUCGGACUGUUUCUCAUUUAUGCAGAGGGGUCAGUAAAGCACAAAUGCCGGAACCCUCCCACUUCUCUCUGCCACCACCUCUGCGGGAUGGUUCCUUCAUCCCCCGCCACACGCAAUCUAGAAGAAAGCAGGGCAGCCGUCAUGGUAGUGAGCGUUUCACUGCAGCCCUGAGCCCUUCUUCAUGGCUGCCCUGCCCUCCCUGCAGGCUCCCCGUCUGGAGAAGCAGGUGCCAGGGCCCUCCAUGCAGUAAGUUACUCUGUAAACUGCUCCGUAGUGACAAAGCCCAGUCUGUAUAGUGUAUAGUCUGUAUAGAGAUGUGCGCGCUAACUGUGCAGUGCCCACAGGAGGGACUUAAAUCGCUACCGUAUAGUAGUAAAUGUUACCUUAAAAAAUG